CAUUGAGUUUAUGUUGCAUUAUUUAAGUAGUAUGGCGCAAAAACUACCGCUGUUGAAUAGGGAAAGUCAUGGUCAAAUGCAAUUGUGGUUUACCUGCGCGUUGAUUAAAGUCUGACGGAUAUUCGAAUGGCUAAGACGUGUUACUAAGUUUUAAAGAGUGCUUAUCUUCUUUAAUAUCAUUCGUGGAUCUUGUGUUUACAAAUACGCUGCGAUUACAAACUAACAUGGGCAACUCCGCCUCCCUUAAGCUUAACGAUAAAAGGAAGUGGCAGAGCGAGACCGCGAUGAGUCCAGCGCCCCCCUCGCUGCAAAACAAAAGCAGCACGCUGCAAGCCGACGGCAGGCAGUCGACCGCGACUAUUGGAAGCAAGUGUACGCAUAGCGAAAUGGAGCGCGAUCGUAUCGGAGUAUGGGGCUGCGGGGACGGCCAGUCUACCGGCAAAGUCUCCGGUCUAGACCGGCUCAAACAUCCCGGUCUCAACAAGGGCUUGGCGUUUACUAUUGAGGAGCGUCAGGCGCUAGGCAUCCACGGGCUGCUGCCGGCCAGGGUCAAGAGCCAGGAGGAGCAAGUGCAGCUGUGCAAGCUCUCCAUCGAGCGAUAUGAGGAUCCUCUCAACAAAUACAUCUACCUUAUGGGCUUACUUGAUCGUAAUGAGCACUUAUUCUACCGCUUCAUCGGCGAGAAUGUGGCGGACUUGAUGCCCAUAGUGUACACGCCGACAGUGGGCCUGGCCUGUCAGAAGUACGGCCUCGUGUACCGCCGUCCGCGUGGACUCUUCAUCACGAUACACGACAAGGGUCACGUCUACGAUAUACUACAGAACUGGCCCGAGACGGACGUGCGCGCUAUCGUGGUGACGGACGGGGAGCGUAUCCUGGGUCUGGGCGACCUGGGCGCGUGCGGUAUGGGCAUCCCUGUGGGCAAGCUGGCGCUCUACACCGCGCUCGCCGGCAUCAAGCCCCACCAGUGUCUGCCCAUCACUAUUGACGUGGGAACAAACAACGAGACGAUGCUGAACGACCCGCUGUACAUCGGUCUGCGGCAGCGUCGUGUGCGCGGUGCAGCAUACGAUGAGCUGAUCGAGGAGUUCAUGCAGGCGGUGGUGCGUCGCUUCGGACAGAACUGUCUCGUGCAGUUCGAGGACUUCGGCAACGCUAACGCCUUCAGGCUGCUGGAGAAGUACCGCGGCAGGUACUGCACAUUCAACGACGACAUCCAGGGCACUGCUGCGGUGGCGGUGGCUGGUCUGCUCGCCAGUCUGCGGCUCACAGGCAACAAGCUCACUGAUAACACCUUCGUCUUCCAGGGUGCUGGAGAGGCAUCUCUGGGUAUCGCAGAGUUGUGUGUGAUGGCCAUGAAGGCUGAAGGUGUCUCCGAAGAGGAGGCGAGAUCCCGCAUCUGGAUGGUCGACUCUAAGGGUCUGAUAGUACGCAACCGUCCCGAGGGUGGACUGAACGAGCACAAGGAGAAGUUCGCGAAGGAUUGUCCUCCCAUCCGCACCCUGGAGGAGGUGGUGAACACCGCCAAGCCCUCCGUACUCAUCGGUGCGGCUGCAAUACGCGGCGCGUUCACUCCGGCGAUACUCCGCGCUAUGGCGGACAACAACCCUCGCCCCGUCAUCUUCGCACUCUCCAACCCCACCAGCAAGGCAGAGUGCACUGCUGAGGAGGCCUACGCCAACACUGAUGAGCGUGCGAUCUUCGCGUCAGGUUCUCCAUUCCCGGAGUACCGCACGAAGGACGGUCGUGUGCUGAGACCAGGUCAGGGCAACAACUCUUACAUCUUCCCCGGACUCGCGCUCGGCAUCCUCUGCGCUGGACUUGUUGAUGUCUCCGAGGACUUCAUGCUGCUCGCUGCUGAGGCGCUGGCGGAGAUCGUGUCUGAAGAUGACCUGGAGCACGGCAGCCUGUACCCGCCCCUCAAGGACAUACAGAACUGCUCCGUCAAAAUCGCCAAGAAGAUUGUUGACCACGCAUAUGAAACUGGCAAAGCGCAGGUUCAGCCUCAGCCGCUCGACACGGAGGAGUUCAUCCGCGCUCAGAUGUACUGCGCCAAGUACCAGCCCGCACUCCCGCCCGUCUACUCCUGGCCCGGCGACACCGCGCCCCGCGUAGACCUCGUCUAGACCUCACACUGCGCCUCACACUGCGCCUCACACCGCGCCUCACACGCCUCACACCGCACCUCACACACAUACACAAACAAAUCUGUCCGUAGGUUAACUUUUAUAAGGUUUUUGAUUCUUAUAAAAUGUAAAGUGAAAUGUCAUCGAUACGUCUUUAAUGUAUUUUACAAUGUUUUAUGUGAUUUUAAUCAUUUCUAAUUUAUAUAAGUAAAAGUUUGGAGUAAGAUUAAUUCUGACACAUGUUUGUGUAAGUAAAUAUAAUACUGCGUGUGACAGUACAUGAGAAAUAUUGACUUGCUUUUUCUUACGGUAUAUUGCUUAGCUUGACUUUGACACAAGAUAAUCACAAAUCGUGGGUUUUCUUUGUCGAAUUACUUAAAAAUAUAUUGACAUCUCUGUCUAACUCUUUGAAAAACAGAGAUAGCAAUGUUUUAUAUGUGUUUUGACAGUUGAAUUCUACAAUAUGUUAUAUUAAUAAUUUAAUAUAUUAAAGAGCUGACUGUUUCAUACUAUAUUUAGAUUUUCUUAAGUCAGCUGAAUGUACGUUUUAUAGGUUAGGUUUUGAUUAUAUUCGACAAAUGUUACCAACGUACAAUUUUUUUCUAAAAUUAGGGGAAAUCUGUUUGUGAUAAAUUGUACCUAAAAGUCAGACCUAAAGCAUUAAU